GGGCCGGGGGCCGGGGGCGUGUGAUCGUCACGUGGAAGCAGUCAGGCUUGUGUCACAUGGUUUGGUUCGCCAGGCUCAUCCGAAAGCCUAGAAGUUUCAAAGAAUUGGGAGUCGGGUUUGCAUUGCAGAUUUGUUCAUAAACCCUUAAAAAGGAAAACCUUUUAGUGGUGAUCGAGGUCGAUUUGGUAUCUUUAAUCAUAUAAUGGAAAUUCCCGCGAUCAAUCUUAAGGCCAUAAUACUGGUCCACUGGCUACUGACGUUAUGGGGCUGUAUGAACGGGCUGCCCGACUCCUUCGCCUGGGGGAACUUCAGUGUGCUGGCCGUGGGCCUCUGGGCGGUGGGCCAACGGGACUCUGUGGACGCGGUGCUGAUGCUGCUCAUCGGCCUCAGCCUGACCAUCCUGACGGACAUCGUCCACUUCGGGGUGUACUACCCGCUGAUGGAGUCCCUGACCAACAGCAGCGACGCCUUCCGCUUCAGCGCCAGCAUGGCCAUCCUCAGCCUGCUCCUGAAGCCCGUCUCCUGCUUCUUCGUGUACCAGAUGUACCGCGAGCGCGGCGGAGACUACAACCUCCACUUCGGUUUUCCCUCCGUGACGCGCGACAGAACCACCUACGACUCCCUGGACCACCAGCCCCCGGCCGCUGACCCCGCCCCCCCCUUCAACCAGGCCUAGGACGGCCCCCCACAGCCCCCCAGCACCCCCAGGGGAAACCCCAGGGGGACCCCCCUGGCCCACUGGCUCUUAGUGUCCAUUAGCCGACAGUGGUGCAUUGUGGGUGUUUUCAUCCGAGUGGAGGUAACCCCCCAGGACCACACCCCGCCCAUGGCUGUUGUUUGUGAAUAGUUAGUAAAAUAAUGAAUACUGAAAAAGCUCAAUGCUGAAACUAGAGCAUGUCCGCGUUCCCCGGCUGUGGUACUGUGUUGUGGUGUUGUGGUGUUGUGGUGUUGAGUUGUUGUUGUUGUUGAUGUGGUCGUGAAGAGGCGGAAGUUUGGCUUCAAUCGUUGCUAUUUUGGUUUGCUUCCCGUUGCUUUGUGUUUGGUACUUGGAGAAACUUUCUGUUCUGAUGUCCUGAGGAAACUCAGGAUCAGAGGCUGAUGUGGUUUGUGUCGAUGUUAAAGUUACCGUGUGUUACAUUGACAACUAGUGUUGUCAAUCCAACAAUAUUGGAGGAAGUUGCAAACGAGUGCAAACGAGCCAAGCGCAAUAUUAUAUUUUGAGACGAGCUCAAGUAUUAUAUUUUGACAAUGACAAGCACUGACGAGCCCUACACUGUGAGUAAAUACGCAAAUGUAUACAUUUGCAAUUUAUUUAUUGUUUUUCAAAUUCUGAACCAGCUGAUGUUGCAUCUGUCUUGAAAUCCGUCUGGGCUCUAAGCUGUCUCCAUCUUUCAAAUGCAACUCCGGAUAGUAUCUAGUACUAUCUCCGUAGAAUCUCGUUCUAUCCCAGUUGUUCCAGUUUGUUUGCUCGCUACCAUUGCUACAUCACCCUGUGUUGGUGUGCUCUGAGAAUAGUGAAUUAUAAACAACAAGGUUCUGACCCGGUACAGAUGGUUCUGAGGUGAAUAUACUGGUGGUAGCGUUGUGGUCGGAGAAGCCAGUUCAAUUUAAUCCGAAUGUUUCAUUCACCGCUGAUAAAAUAUCGCGGUCAUUUUAUGAUUUAGUAUUUGACAUUUGUUACAUCUAGCUCCCUUUAUACACUUGUUGUCUUUGAAAUGUUGAUGCAAAGGUGCCUUAAGCUAGUAAUAAAGAGAAAAGUAUUUCAUGGUACAGCAACGUACCAAACAGGAGCAGUAAAGAUGAGGUAUACAGUCUCCAGGUGUGGCACUAGAUGUAUCCCAAUCUGUUUUUAUUAUACAUCCCAUUUUUCACUUGCAACAAUUGGCUGUCCAGGUUUGACCGUUCUUUUAAGUCAAUCAUUUGGUAUUUUAAAACUUCAUAGUUAAAGUAUUUUAAGAAACGGUAUAAGAUCUAUUUAAUUCUUGAGCUUGCACUACCCUGUCCUGGUAUUCCGAUAUUAAAUCCUGUGUUUCCUCAACCUAGGAGUAAACAGAUUACCUCCUGUCGUACAUUGCGUCUGAGGAACCCUUUCGCCUGUUUCCAUGAUGCCCUGACUGCUUCUGUGUACAACACAUUGGUCGGCCAAUUACCGGACAUAGUCAGCCUUUUGUACAGUCGGUAUGUUGUGUUUUGAGUGAGGUUUGAGUGCGGAUGAUUGUCAAUCGCUGAAGCAGCUUUGGUGUAUUUUUUAUGUUGCGGAAAUAGAUUCUUGCUCCGAUUGCAUCCUGUUAGGAAUUGCGAGUUUUGUCGUCGGAAAUUGGAUGUUUAGUUGGAGCGCUGGAGAUGUUUGCUUUGCGUGGGUUUCUAGGUGAGGUUAUGGAUUAUUCCUCCAACACUCACCGAUGGCUCAAACCAAGGCCCCAUCGUUUCUAGGUGAGGUUAUGGAUUAUUCCUCCAACACUCACCGAUGGCUCAAACCAAGGCCACAUCUUUUCUGAAACACAUAUUCUGUUUUUGAUUGUAAUGUCUCAUGGCAAUCAAUUUUAUCUACUUUUAUGACAAUCAAGUAUUAGGUGUUUUUUUUAGAAAUAAAGAACCGUGCUUCAAAGUAUGAAAAAUGGCCUAUAUGGCCUCUCAUAUUUGUAUGUUUUUAUUUGAAUUACAUUUAAAGGCCACAAGUUCAAUGCUGUUGGAUUCUUGGUCAGAUACAAAUCGUAUUUUGCAAUGUUCAAUACUACACGGUUAGAUGGUUUUCACUUGAACUGAACAAGCCCAGCUGUGAGAACACCCCUUUAGCUGUCGGUUUUGUGAUGGGUUUUCUCCAAAAACAUCAUUUUUUUAGGAAUCUCUAUCUGUCAUGUUAUCAGUUUGUUUUUUACUAACAUAUUAUUUUGUUCUAUUACAAGAAUACAUUAAAUUCUUUGAUGCUGGAAUACCUUUUCUUACAAAUAAAAGAGAUGAGUUGUAAACGAUCUUUGUGUUUUCCUUCCUGUUCGAUCA